AGGCACAUUUUCCUGCAAUUCAAGUAUCGGGUGGAAAUGCUGGAUACCAUUCAAGUGUACAAAGACUUGCUCCGCAACAAUUUUAUUAUGAGCAAGGUACAUUUGAUCUCAUGGCGCCUCAGCCAAACGGAUACGGUUUCCGGCCAAAGUUCAUGUCAGAUGUGGGACCUGGCUUUGUUACUCCAAAUUACUUGCUGCCAUAUCACCUUCAGAGGCAGGGACAUCCGGGGAAUAGGAUGGGUGGGCGUCCAGCUGGUAACUUCCAGCAAGUCCGACAGAAGAAAAACCAAAUGCUACCUCGUAACCCCAAUCAAGGGCUUAAAUACAAUGGUCAAAAUGGCGUGGGUAUGUCUGUAGAUCCCGGAAGUCAAUUGAUGGAUCCAUCUGCGAGUGCUGCAACCUCCACUGGCAAUCACCAUCAUGGUCCAUUGUCUAACAACUCGCUUGCUUCAGCUUUGGCUUCUGCUUCUCAAGAAAAUCAACAUCGGAUGCUGGAAGAACAUUUACAUCCUCUGGUGGGUCGUCUUGCACCAACCAUUCAGACUGCAAAGGUGACAAGAAUGUUGCUGGAAAUGGACCAGUCAGAGGUCAUUCAUCUGAUCGAGUCACCUGAGGAGCUGAAGAUGAAGGUUGCUGAGGCUAUGCGAUUCCUUCGUGAUGCUUCACAAGGUCCUGCAGUUGGUGAUAAGAUCGGCUCAUAAUCACUUAGUGAAUGAAAUAAUCUUAGAUGUUGUUUUGGAUACUUGUCAGGAUUUUCCCCCUUUUCUAUCAGGAUUUUUGUAUUAAGGAUUUCAUGUGUUACAUUAAUGAUUACAUUAAUGAUUAGUUGGGAAUCCCUUUCCCCUUGUUUGUAAUUAAUUUUUCUUCCUGCAGGUGAAUCUAAUUUAGAUUGAGGAAUUCAAUCCAAGUGGAUUAGUUUCCAAAAUCUGUGGUGAAAGAAAAU